AUGGCAAGCGCAUGCUUCCUUAGCAUGUUGAUCGCCUCUCGAAUAGUCCUUGGUCUUGGUACUGGCGUGCUACUAGCCAUCAUCCCCCUUUGGCAGUCUGAGAACUCUCCUGCCAAAAAGCGUGGAGCGCAUGUCGGCAUGAAAGGAAUCUUCAGCGGCCUCGGUUGUGCUCUAUCCCUUUUCCUCGAUUUCGGGAUGUCCUUCACACGGCGCAGUGCUUCUUGGAGAUUCCCAUUUGCUUUUGUGAUGUUACUUUCACUUGCUGUUUUGGUUUUCAUAGUCCAUCUACCAGAAUCUCCCCGCUGGUUGCUCCGAGAAGAACGCAUAUCUGAAGCUAGUGAAGUUCUUGCUGCUCUUGGUGACACUUCUGUCGACGAUGAAUCUGUGAAAUCACAAGUGAAGGACGUCCAGAUGUCACUGGAUCUGGCUGGGAAAAAGUCACUUGGACAGAUAUUCCACAUGGGUCCCCAAAGAACCUUCCAUCGAGCUAUGCUUGCUCUAACUGUCAUGCUACUCAUGCAGCUCACUGGUUCCACAGUCAUUACCUUUUACACAACCGGAAUCUUUGAACAGAACCUCCACCUUGGAAACUCAACGUCCACAAUUCUAGCAGCCGUCUACCAACUGGUCGGCCCACUUGGUGGAAUCUUCUGUGUUCUUAAGAUCAAAGGGCUUGGCAGGCGUGUACUGCUUUUAGGCAGUGCCAUCGGCAACACCGUCUGCCUAGCAUUAGUAGCCGCAUCGGAACCCAGACACAUAGCCCAAUCGCAAUGCGUUGUGCGCUAUAUUAUCGGCUUUGGUGCGAUACCAUAUCUCUAUGCUAUUGAGAUCACGCCUCUGCAUCUGCGAACAACUAUCAACAGUUUCAGCACAAGCAGUUCCUGGGCUAUCAGCAUCUUGAUCACCCUUGUCACACCCCUCGCAUUCAACAGUAUGGGACAAACAUACUUUGUGAUCUUCGCCGGCUCCAACGCUUUAAUGGUACCCAUCAUCUAUUAUUUCUUUCCCGAGACCGCUGGCCGGAGUCUUGAGGAAAUGGACAAGAUAUUUGCUCUUUCAAAAGGAGUUCGCGAUUCUGUCAGAGCCGCACAACUUCUUCCCUGUGGACAAGACACUGAAUUAUUGUCUGAGAAAGACCUUGGUCCAAAUUUCAAGUGCCCUGAGCUUCAACUUCGCGAAAUACAUUCGGCAUGA